CUAAUAAUGGAGCUGGUGAUUUUGUUGGAAAGGUAAUGACUUUAUAAGAGAGAAAAUUGUGAGUGACGGAAAUGAAGCAUCAAAAGAAUACACACACACACAUACACACUGUUGAGUAUCUAUCUGAGAGAAUAAGCAAAAGAGAAAAGAGAUUUACUUUGUUUUGAUAGGCAUCCCUUGAGUUCCUGUUCUUCAUCUCUUCCUUGAAUCCGUAAGGUCUCUCUAUCUCCUUCUCUUUGAAUCCGUCAUUUCUUCGCUUUUUUUUAGAGUGAUGUGCUGAUUCGGAAAUCUUCUGGAAAUUUCUUCCCAAGUCAACGCCUUUUAGGACGAAAGUAAUGGUGCUGAUUUUAGUUGGUCGGAACUUUACUUUUUUUUCUGCCGCGCUCUUCUAAUAGUUUGCCCGAAAUAGUUCUGAAUGUUGCUCUGUUUCUGGGUUUUUUUCCCUUUUUGGAUUAUCCCCUUCUUUGUCUACUACAUCGUCAAAGGUUUUGCUGUUUCCAGGAAUAAAUAUCUUUUGAAAGUUUUAUCAUUUAUAAAGAUGUUCUGAAUUUGGAGCUUCUUUGACAGACACAUGUAUCAUCAAUCUUCUCUGUUGAAGCAGAGAGAGAGAGAGCUAAUUGUUGCCUCUGAGUCACAUGGAUAAGAAAGUUUCAUUUACUAGCUCUGUGGCACAUUCAACUCCACCAUACCUUAGUACUUCCAUCUCAUGGGGACUUCCAACCAAAUCCAAUGGUGUGACUGAAUCACUGAGUUUGAAGGUGGUAGAUGCAAGACCAGAACGUCUUAUAAACACAAAGAAUAUCAGUUUCCAGGACCAGGAUUCAUCUUCAACUCUGUCCUCUGCUCAAUCUUCUAACGAUGUUACAAGUAGUGGAGAUGAUAACCCCUCAAGACAAAUCUCAUUUUUAGCACAUUCAGAUGUUUGUAAAGGAUUUGAAGAAACUCAAAGGAAGCGAUUUGCAAUUAAAUCAGGCUCCUCCACGGCAGGAAUCGCUGAUAUUCACUCUUCUCCUUCCAAGGCUAACUUCUCAUUUCACUAUGCCGAUCCACAUUUUGGUGGUUUAAUGCCUGCGGCUUACCUACCACAGGCAACAAUAUGGAAUCCCCAAAUGACUCGAGUUCCGCUACCAUUCGAUCUCAUAGAGAAUGAGCCUGUCUUUGUCAAUGCAAAGCAAUUCCAUGCAAUUAUGAGGAGGAGGCAACAGCGUGCUAAGCUAGAGGCGCAAAACAAACUAAUCAAAGCCCGUAAGCCGUAUCUUCAUGAAUCUCGACAUGUUCACGCUCUUAAACGACCUAGAGGAUCUGGUGGAAGAUUCCUAAACACCAAAAAGCUUCAAGAAUCUACAGAUCCAAAACAAGACAUGCCAAUCCAACAGCAACACGCAACGGGAAACAUGUCAAGAUUUGUGCUUUAUCAGUUGCAGAACAGCAAUGACUGUGAUUGUUCAACCACUUCUCGCUCUGACAUCACAUCUGCUUCUGACAGCGUUAAUCUCUUUGGACACUCUGAAUUUCUGAUAUCAGAUUGCCCAUCUCAGACAAACCCAACAAUGUAUGUUCAUGGUCAAUCAAAUGACAUGCAUGGAGGUAGGAACACACACCAUUUCUCUGUCCAUAUCUGAGCCGGUGGAAUCUGGUAAUGUGUACGUUCCUACAAAAAAAGGGAAGUCAUCCUUGGCUGCUACUUCGCUUAUUAGCUAGUUCUUAUUUCACACGCUUUGUCCAGAUAUCAUUUGAAUGACCAAAAACCUUCAAGCUUCAACUCUUUACUUUUCGUCUGUCGUUUGUACCAUGGAUCAUCGUGUGUUAAGUCAGUGAUUGGAUUGGAGUGAUGAAUGUAAAUGUAAAUCUGAUAACCGAUAAGUCUCUGCUCUUUGCUUAUUCAUAGUUAGUAAAGCUAAACCAGAUUCAUACACUCCAUUCCGG